AUGGGGUGCACACCCUUGGGAGAUGCUGUGUCAAAGAAAGGGUUAUCGGGCACUCGCUGCAAGGACCGCUUGAAUUCCCUGGCCAUCUCCGUCAUGAAUCAGUGGCCGGGGGUGAAGCUGCGGGUGACGGAGGGCUGGGACGAGGACGGGCACCACUCAGAGGAGUCACUGCAUUACGAGGGCCGAGCUGUGGACAUCACGACCUCGGACCGGGACCGCAACAAGUACGGCAUGCUGGCUCGCCUGGCCGUGGAGGCUGGCUUUGACUGGGUCUACUACGAGUCCAAGGCGCACAUCCACUGCUCUGUCAAGUCAGAGCACUCAGCCGCUGCCAAGACGGGGGGCUGCUUCCCCGGGCGGGCGCUGGCGACGCUGGAGGACGGUGCCCGGACGCCACUGUGGGCUCUGCGCCCGGGCCAGCGGGUGCUGGCGAUGGACGGAGCGGGCAGGCCCACCUACAGCGACUUCUUGGCUUUCCUGGACAAGGAGCCCCGUGCCCUCACCUCCUUCCACGUCAUUGAGACGCGGGAGCCACCCCGGCGCCUGGCCCUGACGCCCACCCACCUGCUCUUCGUGGCCGAGAACGCCUCGGCGCCCGCCACCCACUUCCGUCCCACCUUUGCCAGCCGUGUGCGCCCUGGACAUUUCGUGCUGGUGGCGGCGGGGGGAGGCGGCUUGCAGCCCGCCGAGGUGGUGAGGGUGCGGGACCGGAGGGACGUGGGAGCCUACGCCCCGCUGACGCGCCACGGGACGCUGGUGGUGGACGGCGUGGUGGCCUCGUGCUUCGCCCUGGUGCAGGAGCAACAUCUGGCACAGCUGGGCUUCUGGCCACUCCGGCUCUACCACAGCCUGGUGGGGUGGCCGGGGGUACAGGGGGAUGGCGUGCACUGGUACUCGGGGCUGCUCUACCGCCUGGGCAGGCUGCGCCUGCCCCCCGAAAGCUUCCACCCCCUGGGGGUACCCCGGGCUGAGAGCUGA